AUGACGUCGAAAGCCACAGGCUGUGGCGGCGGCGCUCGAGCAAACACACCGGCAGCGGAGCGGUGGUCCAGCCUCCCCGGCGAUCUCCUGUCCAUAAGCUACCUCCGGCUCACCACCACGAUCGACCGCGUCCGCUUCGCCGCGGUGUGCACGGCAUGGCGCGCCGCUGCAUCGCGGCACCUGCCACGCAGUGCUCUCCCAUGGUUGAUCCUUGACCCGAGCGGCGCCCACAGGACGAACCGUGUGUACUGCCCGGAAGAGGGUGUGGUCCUGCCUCGGCUCUCUCUCCCCGGCGAGGCCGUCCAAAGGUGCCUCGUGGGCAGCCAUGAGGGAGGCUGGAUCGCCUCCUCCCAGGCACCGUUCAAGAUCAUUAAUUUUUUCACGGAUACAGAGGUGGCGCUCUCUGCCCACACACGGCCACACACGGAUGAUCCUUUACUCCUGCGGAAGGUCGUGUUCUCGGAGCAGCCCACUCUGAGUAGUUGUAUCCUCGCCGGAGUCACCAGGAUGCACAUGCUCGCGGUUUACAAGGUUGGCUGCCCCGAGGCCGGCUGGACGAUACGAGGACCACGUGGGAACGAUCAUCUUAUGGAUAUCGCCUUUUGCAAUGGAGAGCUCUAUGGCACCACGCAAAACCCCAAGUAUCUCAUCAAGUUUGAGUUUGUCGUGAACAAACAUGGUGCCUUGGUGGGCGUGAAAAUCAACUACCGGUUUUGCAUGUUAGAGAGCUACAGGGAGAAUCCCGAGCACAUCAGGUACAUUGUUGAGCUACGUGGCGAGCUUGUGAUGGUGGUGAGGGGCUAUCGGUCAUACAAGGACUUCACCGCUUUCAGGCUAGUUCACGGCAACAUAGGAUUACAACAUUACAAUUAUUAUAACUACCCAUACAAGUGGGUGGAGGUGCACAACUUUGGAGACUACGCGCUAUUCUUGGGACCAACAUGUUCCAAGGCAGUGCAAGUGCCGGCAGGUGCGCGCUGCGACAUACAGAAAAAUCACAUCUACUUCUCCCACCAUCGCUGCUUAAGGCGAAACAGUGAGAUCCCCCGUGACGGCAAGGUAUUUUUUACGAGCUUAAAUGAUGAUGGUUACCGUGUGUACUACAAGAAAGAUGAACACGUCCUGUCAAAGGGGUACUAUGCAAUCGGUGUUGUCCGUCCCCCCAUGUGGAUAUUCCCUCCGGGUAUCUAG